GAGGACGCGUUUCCAUUGGUUGGUGGUAAAUGGUGGACCUCCUAUUGGUUAAUUUUGGAUCGCCGAUGGAAGUUCCCCGGUCGCCGAUUGACAUUCUCUCCAUACAGAGCUGAAAAUAAAGUACCGGAUAAGUUAUCAAAGCUACCAAGCUUGAUAACUUAUAAGGAGGAACCUUACACGCCUUUUGGUUUGUUAGUUUUCAUCGCAUAUCGAGUUGGACACUUAAUCCAUCUGUCUUGAAAAACAUGUCUUCCACAAUGCUUGCGUCGUUCCCUGGUACUGCUGCCGGCUACACAUCCAAUCUCAGCAAGGACCACGUUUCAUUAUUAGGCGAUAAUGAGACGUACACAUUUGAACAGCUUGUCCAGGACCUCAGAGGCUAUCUGGGCAGCUCUCGGGGCAUCGACGAAGAACACGUUGACCAUGCCGUCCUAAUGUCCUUCAUGUCCAAGUACGCCUCCAACCCGGCCGAUUGGGCACGAUUCACGCGCAACGACGUCAGCAAGAACUACACUCGGAAUCUGGUGGAGGAUAUUAACGGACGUGCCAAUCUGUUGGUUUUGGUUUGGAAUCCGCAGAAGGGCUCGCCGAUCCACGAUCACGCAGACGCGCACUGUGUCAUGAAAAUCCUCGGAGGCGAGCUGAAUGAAAUCAUAUACGAGACCCCAGAUCCUGCACGGGGCCAUGAUGCGCCUUUGACGGUGAAGCAAGAGACCACGUACAAGACCGACGAAGUAGCCUAUAUCUGCGACCAGAUUGGGUUGCAUCGGGUCAUGAACCCGCAGAAGGAUCAGGUUGCAGUCUCGUUACACUUGUACACCCCGCCUAAUGCAGCUGACUUUGGGUACAAUAUCUAUGAUCGGCAAACUGGACGCAGCAGCCAUGUUUAUCAGGCGUCGUAGGAGGUAUUUGGACAAGGACCGAACAGUGCAGGCCACUGAUAAUGAAUAAUGACCGGCGUUGAUACCUGUUUGUAAACUAGACUGGGACCUUGGAGUCUUUGCAAUUGAUCUUCUGAG